GAUCUGUCAACUUCCGGUGGCUAUCUCGAAAGCACCGUUAGCUUAAUGCAACCAGGGGCAACAGCGAGCAAAGCUACCGUCAAGCAGCCAGCAGAGCAACAAAAUGAGAGCUGUGGAUUAACUCCAGUCUGUAUCCCCACAGGACACUACCAUACGUCCUAACAGUAACCGUUUUCAGUGUCCCUGGUCUCCCUGGGACCCUCCACUGGGUGGAUCUGACAGUCACAGGGCCUCGUCGUCGUGGCCCAGCAGGACUCGAGUGAAGUUGGGAGCUGAGGACCAAACUUCUGCUUCCUCCAACGUCCUCCGCAGGGCCCGGGGCUCCUGUCACCGGCCCUGUGGAUGAGGAAGUGAGCACAUAUCGAAUCAGCCACCAGGAGAAAGGAAUCCCUUUGAUGGGAGAGUCCUCUUUCCUGGCCUUCUGGGUCAAUCGCUGUGCCAUGAUGAUGGAUGAGCAGGAGGCGCUGAACUCAAUCAUGCAGGACUUGGCCGAACUGCACCGCUCUAGCCGUCCUGCAAUGUUCCUGUCGGACCUGGGCAAACCCAAAGCCUCAUCGCCCAAGAACCAGAACGAUGUCAGAGUGAAGUUCGAGUUCAAAGGGGAGAAGAGGAUUUUGCAGUUCCCUCGACCUGUCAAACUGGACGACCUGAAGGCGAAAGCAAAGGUGGCUUUUGGUCAGAUGAUGGACCUUCAUUACACCAACAAUGAGUUGGUGAUUCCUCUGACCACUCAGGACGACCUCGACAAGGCUGUGGAGCUUCUGGAUCGCAGUGUUCACAUGAAGAGCCUGAAGAUCCUCCUGGUGCUCCAGAGCUCCUCUCAGAACUCAUCCUCCAAUAUGGACCUCUUGCCGUCCCACGAGGAGCUGGACAACACAGGAUUCAGGGUGGCUGACAAGAAGAGUAUGCUCGGUUUGAUAGGCUCCCAUUCCACUGAUCGCAGCUCCCCUCCUCCUGGAUACAUUCCCGACGCGCUCCAGCAAGUGGCGAGGAAUGGCUCCUUCACCAGCAUCAACAGCGAAGGAGAGUUCAUUCCUGAGAGCAUGGACCAGAUGCUGGACCCGCUGUCUAUGAGCAGUCCAGAAAACUCUGCGUCGGGGAGUUGUCCCUCUUUAGACAGCCCACUGGACAGCGACUACCCAAAGUCCAGGAUGCCUCGAGCGCAGAGCUACCCAGACAACCACCAAGACUUUCCAGAGUACGAUAUCCCAGUGUUUGAGAAGUCAGGAAAAGGUGGGACAUAUCCCCGACGAUACGGCAUUCCUUUUGGCCUCCAGGAUUACAGUGACGGGAGGAAGACCUUCCCUCGAGCUCGGCGAACACAAGUUCACGGUUUCCGUUCGCCGGUAAGCUUCAGCCCGACAGAGCAGUCACCCAGCACCAGUAGCGGCAGCAGUGUCUUCACUCCUGACCUGGAGGAGGCCCCGGGGCCCGCCAGGAGACCACGGAGGGGUAGCGACAUUGAACCAAACCCCAACCCAGCUGCUCCUUCCACCCUGUCUGUGAUGGACAUCAGCCCGCCCAGCCGCUCUCCACGAGCCCCGACCAACUGGCGGCUCGGUAAGCUCCUGGGUCAGGGGGCCUUCGGGCGGGUUUUCCUCUGUUAUGAUGCUGAUACUGGACGAGAACUUGCGGUCAAACAGGUCCAGUUUGACCCUGAGAGUCCAGAGACCAGCAAGGAGGUCAGCGCACUGGAGUGUGAGAUCCAGCUUCUUAAGAAUCUUUGCAACGAGCGGAUUGUUCAGUACUACGGCUGUCUGCGAGACACAAUGGAGCGAACACUGUCUAUCUUCAUGGAGUACAUGCCUGGCGGCUCCAUCAAGGACCAGCUGAAGUCAUACGGGGCGCUGACAGAAAAUGUGACGCGCCGCUACACCCGGCAGAUCCUGGAGGGGGUUUCCUACCUGCACAGCAACAUGAUUGUCCAUAGAGACAUCAAAGGGGCCAACAUCCUCCGGGACUCAGUGGGGAACGUGAAGCUGGGGGACUUUGGGGCCAGUCGGCGAUUGCAGACCAUCUGUCUGUCAGGAACAGGGAUCAUGUCUGUGACCGGCACCCCCUACUGGAUGAGCCCAGAAGUGAUCAGUGGAGAGGGCUACGGCAGGAAGGCUGACAUCUGGAGCGUUGGCUGCACAGUAGUGGAGAUGCUGACCCAGCGGCCCCCCUGGGCAGAGUUCGAGGCCAUGGCAGCCAUCUUUAAGAUUGCAACCCAACCCACGAACCCUGUUCUGCCCGCUCACGUUUCGGACCACUGCCGAGAAUUCCUAAAACGUAUCUUUGUAGAGACCAAGCAGCGUCCGUCUGCAGAUGAGCUCCUGAGGCACAUCUUUGUACAUUAACCCCCCUCCACACACACACACCCAUCCUUCCUUUGCCUGCCUGCCGAACAGCCAGAUAUGGCCUUACCUAACAGUGUCCCUGCCUCUGAGCCCGCCCCUCCACCUCGGCGCUGAAACCAUGUUGGAUUGGGAGGAAUUGGCUGGAAGAAGUUGGGGCUUGUUGGUGGGAGCAGAGGUGUACCUGCUCCUCCCGUCUCUGUUUUAGGAGACUGCCAUAGAGGACAUGACUUUAAUUUUAUUUUCCUUUGCAAGUUGCACCUUAAUUUGUCAAACAUGGAGGAGUGGAGCACUUCCUCCUGAAAAGGACUCUUUGAAACGUCUCCUUUUUUAUGUUUGUACGGUUUCUCUUUUGAAACGCUCUACAGUGGGAUAGUGUCGGUGUUGUGGACCUUCAGGAGAUGAUGCCUGACUCUAGAGUGGCCCUGCCCCCCCCCCCCCCCCCCCUCCCCCCUUCUUGCUGACCUGACCCCAGAAUGUAGUCUCCUGCCAAAACCCUGAGUGACGAUGACGGUGAUGACCUGGGCCCGCUGCUAAAGAAGAAAUACAAAUCCUGGAUGCAGAGAACACUCCCUGGAAACAGCUUCCACCCUCCUGCUCUCCUCUUCGCUCUGUCGUUCUGCUGUCUGUAAACUACCUUCCCUCCUCUUCCUCUUCCUCUUUGCUAUUUGCCAUGUGCCUUUUCUGUUUCUUUCUUUAGCUGCAGUCGAACUUCAUGGAUAAUAUCUGUUGUUUUUAGCUGCAAGGUUUCUGGGUGUUGUUUUGCCUCCAAGCUAAACUGCCUUUUUAACCGUUAGCCCAAAUCAAGCUGAUCAUAGUUCAGCUCAGACGUCCGUUUCUGCCUUUUCAGCAACAGGAACUCUUGUAAGCAUCCUGAUCCCACCUCAGCUCAUGUGCUUUGCUUGCCUGCUUGCUCUGACUGGUAGCUAAAUGUCUUCAGACUGGCCGUACGUGUUUCCUCGUGAACUCAGUAAGGCUCUGAAGUCAUUUUUCAUAUUUUUAAGGAAAGCAAAGGAGGACAAGAAGCGGACCUUUGGGUUCAGUGUUUUUACAGCGAUGAUGCUGCGUACACGGUUCAGUUGUUGCGUGGAUGAUGCUGAAGUUUGAAACAAACUUUUUGCCUGACACACACACAGAGGUUACUUGAAGAAGAGGAGCAGGAGAGAUGUGUCUGCUGCAGCUGAUUGGUCAGAGGUCUGGCUGUAUGAUGCUGAUGUAUUUCAAACCCCAAACGUAGGACUUGAACGAGUGUUGUUCUGGAUGUUUCUCGCUGCUUAUCAUUGAACGGUUGGCUUUGCCCUUCAUUUGUGUUGCUGCUGCUGCGUCGGUACGUGUGUUUUCCAGUCUGUCACAUCGGAGCACUCCUGUUGUGUCUUGUUGGAUGUUUUAUUUUUGGCCUUGCAUGCACUCCUACAGACUCACAUUUGAAGGCGUUUACAGUAUUCACAGCCUUUUUUUAACAACAGCCUGAACUGUUGUUGCCAAAUUAAGAACCCUUGUCACUUUAUCCAAAGCGGAGGCGCUCCGUUGGUCUCUGUAUGUCGUCCUGCUUGGCUCUCGUUGUGGUUUCUUUCCGGGCCGAGCUUCCUAAAUGUCUGUUUUGUUGAAUGUGACUGAUUCAUCGAGGUUUCCAUUACUAUGCACAGUAAGCUCCCAACUCACCGCACACACCGGACAUCAGGAGGAAGUUAGUACAACCUGUAACACAGGAGUAAUGUUAGGUCGAUGUUCAGUACGUCUGUCCCCCCGAGCAUCUUCAAUGGUACAAAGAUGAGAGAUGAAUCUGUGGAGCUGUCGUCUCUUCAGUUUGUCUCUAGAUGGACCUGAUUCAUGCCGUCACGUGUGUCGAAUGGUACGUUUAAUGUAAGGUGAGAUACUAAAUGCAGUAGGACGGAUGUGUUCGGACCAUCUGAAACACGGUUUCUAAGACGUCUGACACAUUGAAGGUUUGAUGUUUUUAAGGUUAGUGGAGAGUUCUCAGUAAACAGCUGUUUGGAUUCGUCCCCUUCUUUUAGAGAUAUUAAAAUAAUGAACUUUGAUUCAAAUAGAGCACUUCUGGAGAAAUCAACAGUGUAUGUCAUGAUAAACAUCAUCUCUGUUUCCCUGAAGCAGCCCGCUCUACUGAGAGCACAUUUUAAAAGAUUUGAAAGACUGUCGUUGGACGAGCUCUCACCGGUUUGUGGAGUCUUGAGUCGGUACUCUGAACCUUCUUCACAAUAACUGGCUUCUGUUAAAGCACUUGUUAACUUGGGCUGCUCUGUGGUACGCUUUCAGCUGCAGUGUUUGAUCAGUGGAUGGAUCCACAGGUUGUUGAAACUUACUUCUUUGCCUCCUUUCUCACUCAGUUUUUACAUUUUAGAAGCGGUACAAGUCUAAAAAAGAUGAUCUAUUUUCUCCUGGAAUCAGCCCUGUGUCAUGAAAUCAUUCGGUGUUGUAUUGAGUUUAAGGUGGCAAACAAUAAACUGUCUGAUAGACAUUCAGUUGUAAAGGCCACCAGCACUGGUAACCCUUGAUACGCACUACCAUUAUGCACUAUCUUUGAUUCACUGAUGCUUUGUCACGACCCCUCGUCGGCUGUCCCUCAUGCAGCUCAGUUCAGCGAACUUUUCUUUGCACAUUUUAAAGAUUUUUUACUUUUUUUUGCCACAGUUGUGACUGUGACUGUGAGCGUGAGUGUGUGUCUGUGUGUGUAUGUGUGUAUGUGUGUGUGUGUGUUAACAGUGACUCAAUACAUGAAUGUAAUGUCUCAGAUUUUCACCGUCAGAUGGCCUCGUUUAUCACUGUUGAUUCAGUCUUCAGUAACAGUAUUUGUCACCUGCAGACGCCAAGAUACACCUGUAGUUCUCUCUUUAGUGUGUAAAGCCACUGCUGCCAUUCCUGGUUGUGAAUGUGUGUGUGUGUGUGUGUCUGUGUGUGUGAGUUUGAGAAGUGCAUUUACUGCAACAUGUGCUUUUUGGACACUGCACCCUAAAUGCCUUGAGCAUUGUGACUGUAGGGGGUUGAAAACAUUAAAAUAAGAGUUUGGAAAAACUAAAUGAAAAAUAUCAUGUACAAAUGUAAAAAAGAAAAAUGUACCCUUUUUAAAAAAAGAAGAAAAAGAAAAGAAAAGUCCACUUAUAUCUCACGUUUGGUCUCUGUGUAUUGUAAAAGAAGCCAUGUUUAUAAUUAUGAUUGGUUUGUGACCAAUACGCCUGUUUAUAUCAGAUCUGUAUAUCAGUGGUACGCAUAAUUUUUUAAUAUAUUUUUUAUUUUACUUUUUUUUUAAAUGGGAGAUUUUAUGCAUGGUUGGGUCUUGAGAGACGCAGCGGUGCCGUUGAAUGGUUGCUGUUUUUUGGCAAAAUUCUGGAGUAUUGCAACAGCUCUGUGUUCAUAAUGAAACAAUUAUGACAUGAAAAUAAUAAAAGAUAUUUAUUUCACUUG